CUGCUGAAUGCUGACUGCUCUCGUCUUGUCUGUGACUCUUAUGGCCCUGUUUUGUAUGUUUGUGGAGCUGCGUUCUGUUACGCAUUCCGUUGGUAUUCUACCAUUAAUACUUGUCUACUUAACGGUAAAUUACAGACAUUAAACGCACGCACACACACACACUGA